CUUCCCCCUGCUUCCAUACUGUCUCUUUGGCAACAUCUGAUCCCAUCAGAGCUAUUUGUAAAUCAAAUCGGUGACUGUCAGUAGUGGCCAUGGAGGUGCUGCAAUAGAAUCUGAAGUGGAGGAAGAAUUUCAAUGAGUUAGAGGGCCCAAAAGAAUAUGCAGGAAUGCAUGAUGAAACCAAUUGGAAAUGGAAUCAGUAACUGCAGUUCUCACAGCUGAAAAUCAGAUUAAUUAAGUUUAUAAAAACAGUAAGAUGCAUUGAUACUCUUGCAUGUGAGUUAAAUUAGUUUCUUGAGAGAAACCUUCAUAAAGGGCUAAAUAAACAAGGUCUACAUAUACAGAAAUUUCUUCCUUUUGCUGCGUUUGAGACACAGCUAAACUCUUCUGUCUGGAAAUCUGAAGACUUUUAUAGCAAAUCCUCCAGUGUCAAAAUGAACACAGAUAGCGGCGGGUGUGCUCGCAAACGCGCUGCAAUGUCUGUCACAUUAACAGCUGUGAAGAGAGUGCAGAGUUCUCCAAACCUGUUGGCCUCAGGGUCUGAUUCUCAGUCUCUAGAUUCAGCUUGGCGAUCUUACAACAAUGGCAGUAGAGAGACCCUGAAUGGAGACGCUAGCAGUUCAUCUCUUUCAGCAAAAGGUUUUAGGAGCGUGCGGCCAAAUCUGCAGGAUAAAAAAUCUCCAACUCAGGCUCAGAUCACAGUGAAUGGGAAUUCUGGCACUGCUGCCAGCCCAGUGAGUCACUUUCAAAGGCCUUUUUCCCCUUCUUCAGCUUACUCUCCACCAGCUUCACUCAAUUCCAACAUUGUUAUCAUGCAGCAUGGCAGGAUGAUGGAGUCCACAGAGACGUACUCACAGCAUGUUCAGAAUGUUGGCAGCACCACCACCACCAGUACAAUACCAAUCUGUAGAACCUCAGAAGAAGAAAAAAAAAUUACAGUAAUUAAAGCUCCACAUUAUGCAGGGAUUGGCCCGGUAGAUGAAUCUGGAAUCCCUACAGCAAUUAGAACGACAGUUGACAGGCCAAAGGAUUGGUACAAGACAAUGUUCAAGCAAAUCCAUAUGGUUCAUAAGCCUGAUGACGACACAGACUUGUAUAAUACUGCAUAUGCAUACAAUACUGGUAGCUACAGUCCAUCCUUCUCUGCUCAGGCACACCCAGCUGCAAAGACACAGACGUACAGACCACUGUCCAAAAGUGCUUCUGACAGUGGCUCCGAUGCCUUCAAGGUCUCGUCCCCUUUGCCCCCCCACGUGCCACCGGUACCACCACAUCGUAUGAGGCAGCGGUCUACACCAGAAAAGAACGACUGGGAUCCUCCUGACAGGAAGGUAGACACUCGCAAGUUCCGUUCUGAACCAAGAAGUAUUUUUGAGUAUGAGCCGGGAAAGUCAUCGAUCCUUGAACACGAGAGACCGGCUUCCUUAUAUCAUCACUAUUCAACAGACAGAGGCCUGGACAGGCCCUCUAGUUCUGCAAGUACGGCGAGUGACUACAGAAAGCGCAGGAAGUCAGAGCCUGCUGUGAGCCACCAGCGGGCACACAGCGAUCAGAACGCCAACAGACCCAACCUGGGCCGCACAGACACACAGGGCUCAUGUUCCACCCUUAGGAAGCCUUUAACUAGCUCAUCUCCUUCUUCUCCAUCAAGAGCAAAAGGUGGGGAUAUUAGCAAAGUAUAUCCAUCCCUUUUAAGUUACUCAGUGCACAACCACAACACCUCAAAUGAAUUAGAUUACUGUAGCACUUACAGACAACAUUUAGCUGUUCCAAAUGAUUCAAGAAGGGCAACAAGCUACAAGAAUGGCUGGCAAAUGACUCGCCAAAAUGCAGAAGUCUGGAGCAGCACAGAGGAAGCUGCCUCUCCAAAGAGGAAAUCUCGUAGCUGCGAUGACCUGUUAACUGAUGACCACGAUAGCUAUCCUGAUGCACAGGCCAAGGCUGAAAGCAUGGGCUCUCUGCUGUGUGAGGAGGACUCCAAAGAAAUUUGCUCCAUGAACUGGAACUCCCCAUAUGUUGAGGGCCGUGGUAGUGGUCGGUCAAGAGUUCGCCACAGAUCUGCACACGAUGCUCCAGGGUUCCUGAAGAUGUACAAGAAGAUGCACCGCAUCAAUCGCAAGGACUUGAUGAAUUCUGAGGUGAUUUGUUCUGUCAAGUCCAGAAUACUGCAAUAUGAAAAGGAACAGCACAAAGGUAUUCUUCAAGGCUGGAGAGAGUCUUCAACUGAGGAGGUACCCAGAGACAUGGUGCCAACCAGAAUAUCUGAAUUUGAGAAGUUAAUUCAGAAGUCAAAAUCAAUGCCGAACCUUGGCGAUGACAUGUUGUCAACUGUUACAUUAGAGCCUCCUAAAAAUGGCUUGUGUCCAAAGAGGCGAUUUUCUAUUGAAUCCCUGCUGGAAGAAGAAACUCCAGUCAGACAUCCCUCUCAGGUACAACGGAGCUACAAGUCUAAAGCCCUGGUGCCAAUUCAUAUUGAAGUGACCAGUGAUGAGCCACAACGAUCACAUAUAGAUUUUUCAGAUAGCGAUCAAGACGGAGUGGUUUCUGAUCUCAGUGACUUUAUCCAGAUAGAGGGUUCAUCCUUUUGUAGUGAAAGUGACUUUGAUCACUUUUCUUUCACUUCAUCUGAAAGCUUUUAUGGGUCAGGCCAUCACCACCACCACCAUCACCACCACCACAGGCAUCUCAUCAGCUCCUGUAAAGGGCGAUGCCCAGCGUCCUACACCCGCUUCACCACCAUGCUGAAACAUGAAAGGGCUAAGCAAGAAACCACUGAGGAUCCGAGGAGACAGGAAGCAGAAUCUGGCCUGUCUAAGAUAGCAUUCCUCGUCAGUCCAGUGCCUUUCCGGAGGAAAAAAAGUGCAGCUCCUAAAAAACAAACUGAAAAGAAAAAAUGCAAGUCAUCUGUAUUUGAAGCACUAGAUUCUGCACUUAAAGACAUCUGUGACCAAAUUAAAGCUGAAAAAAGGCGAGGAAGCUUGCCCGACAACAGUAUAUUACACAGACUUAUUACUGAGCUGCUUCCAGACAUUCCAGAAAGGAAUUCAUCUCUUAAAGCUCUGAAAAAGAGUCCCACGCACCAGCCUUUUCAUCCACUGCCUCAAGAUGGUGCUAUCCAUUGUCCACUGUACCAGAAUGAUUGUGGAAGAUUACCUCUUAGUGCCUCUUUUCCAGACAUGGAUGCAACUAACAACAAUGAUAGUGCACUGUGUUUCCAAGUAGACCAGGAGUCUCCUGGAAGCUAUUCUUCUGCUUUCUCUGAUGUGGGACGAUGUACUCCAAGGGAGAGAAGAGGAACUACAGACAAAGAGAAACUGCCAGCUAGAGCUGUAUAUGACUUUAAAGCUCAAACAUCUAAAGAGCUGUCCUUUAAGAAAGGAGAUACUGUCUAUAUCCUCAGGAAAAUUGAUCAAAACUGGUAUGAGGGUGAGCACCAUGGAAGAGUUGGAAUAUUCCCAAUUUCUUAUGUUGAGAAACUUUCUCCCCCAGAAAAAGCACAGCCUGCCAGGCCACCUCCCCCUGCACACAUUGGAGAGAUUGGAGAAGCUGUUGCCAAAUAUAAUUUCAGCGCGGACACAAAUGUGGAGUUGUCACUUAGAAAGGGAGACAGAGUAAUUCUUCUUAAGCGAGUUGAUCAAAACUGGUAUGAAGGUAAAAUACCAGGAACCAACAAACAAGGCAUCUUCCCUGUUUCCUAUGUAGAAGUCAUCAAAAAGAAUCCAUCAAAAAGUGUUGAUGACUAUCCUGACCCUCCGAUACCCCAAAGCUAUUCUAGUGACAGAAUACAUCAAUUAAGUUCCACUAAGGCUAAUUUAAAGAGGGAGAUAUUUGUUAUGGGUAAACCUCCUCGUAGCCCAGUGAUGACUAAGAGAUUCUGCAGCUCACCUAUCAGAGGUCACAGCUAUUCACACAGGCCACAGCGCCCUGUGCUUUCUCAUGAAAAUAUACACAGUGGGGGGGAACCGUUUCAGGCUCUAUAUAACUAUACUCCUAGGAAUGAAGAUGAAUUGGAGCUCAGAGAGGGAGAUGUCAUUGAUGUGAUGGAAAAAUGUGAUGAUGGAUGGUUUGUGGGAACCUCAAGAAGAACCAAAUUCUUUGGUACUUUCCCUGGAAACUAUGUCAAGAGGCUGUGAAAUUUUUUUUUCUACUUAUUUAUGCUGCAUCUCUGCAACACAUCUGCAUAAAGCUGCUAGAAAACAUGCUACGCUGGCCUUCUGUUUUCUUGCUUGCAGUCUCCAGUAGAGGCCAUCUAGUUCAUGCUCAUCCCAUCCCACCCGCCAAACCGUUCCAGCAGUAUUACAGCAACGACCACAAUGUGAAUAACUAAGCUUUUCUGAGACAAGAGGAAUCAUUUCAGCAUUUAAAUACUCCCUGCUUUAAAGUCUUUUCAUGUGAAACACAAUAGGAAAAGCCUGAUGACAGGUACACAGAGGAGUUGCCACAGGGGGCUGGGGGAAUGGGGGAAAAAUUAUUCUUGGUUUGAACAUUUGUGGUACUACCAUGAAGUCUGGUGGGAUUUUUUCAGCAUGCAUGUAAUACAGAGGAAAGUUGCUGUUUACUAUUUUUUAAAAAAUUGAUUUUACACAUUCUUACUAGCUUGGCAGCAUUUGUUGCUUCCACAUUGCUGUGUCACGGGUUUGCCUAUUGUACUGGUUUACAAUGUAUGACAAACUAUAAUCUAGAUUUUUUUGCCUGCACUUGUAUGCUGUAACAAAUGCACAGUGAUUGUAAAAUCUCAAGCAAGCAAAGUGAAAAAUGGAAGAACUGCAAGUGUUCUGAACGGGUGCAAUGGUAUUGGCUAAAACUUUUUUCUUUUUUUCCCUAAUGAAAAACUGUAGUGUUUUCUCUUAAAAGGUAAGAAGUGCAAAAAGCACAAAGACUUGGGAAAGAGGAUUUAAGGAAGAGCAAGACAAUGCUGUAAGCAUAGACAAUAAUAACCUGCUAUUGAUGUCUGAUAUUAAAUGGUUGUAAUCAAAAUGUUGUAAUAGUAAGCAACACAAAGUGUAAGAGGUUAGUGUUUUUACUUAUCAGGAAAUUAAAGAAGCAGGAAGGUAAACAGUGUUAGUGCAAAGGGUUGUUGGGUUUUGGUUUUUUUCCUCCCUAACAUAGCCACCUGAAAAAUAUUCACAAGCAUCAUGUACUGAUUUAUUUCACUAUAUAUGUGUAUGUAUGUUAAUGAAACCCAAGUUACACAUUCUUUUUAGGAAUUUAGACAGAAAAAAAGUCACAAGUAUUAAAAACUGAUAUAUUUAGAGGUGUUGGGUUUUGGUUUUUUUGUCUGAAUGAACAAGUGUUUGAAAACAUACAUUUUCCAUAAGCGAAGUUAAACAUAAAUAGCAAAUGAAAUUAAGGCACAGGAUGAUAAUGAUUAUGGCUUUAUAAAAACAAAAAUUCAGAUUUGGUUCCUUUGGCACCUUAUAGAUGGCAAAAGCUUCUGCUGCAUUUUUCAUGGGUAAAGGAUCAAAAUUAUCAAAAUGUAUGUAGUCUCUGUAGCAUUUUGUACAUAAUUUUGCUUUUUUGUACAGAGCCAUUUGGUUGUUGAUUUUUAAAAAAUUAAGUUUCUUAUUUGCCCUUUUCACAUACAGAACAUUUCAAUGCGUUUUUCUUUUCUUGCUCUGUUUACCAUAAGCACAUCUGGAUAGUGCAAUUCUGUAAGAUAGCAUUUUAUGCAAAAUUUUAUUAAUUAAAAUAUGGUUUACCAGCCAAAUCUAAAUGUACAUAUGUCUUUAUUACUGAGAAAGGUCAUUAAGGCAAAGGUAAAGAAACAUCUUUGUGCAGCAUACCUUUAUUAUUGCAGAUUUCAUGGCAAAAGCUUUAUAUUCAAAGGCUUUCAAUUUUAAACUAGAUCUGCAUGCAGCUUUGCUGUGAGAUUAAUACUAUCUUUGAUGCCAUUUAUGAUUGAGGACUUAAAUAUCUGUUGCCUGUGAUAUUUAAAAAGUACUGUUUCUACUCUGUAUCUGAUUUUAGAAAAAUGCAGGUUUUUCAUACCUGGCUUUCAGGUAACUGACUUUGAAUUCCUACAAGCAAAAGGUCUCUGUGGUUUUUUUUCUUGAAUAGACUUCUAAUA